AUGUCUUCUAUUAUCUUGUCUGAUCGGAUCAACGGAGAAAGAAAAGAGAACCAGACUAGCUUCAAUCCGUAUCAACCUCAGGGCGAGCCAUUCUCAAUCCUUGUUUUCAAUCUGUAUAUCCAACCCAAGAGUGUACCGGAGCGAGCACUAAAUGAAAGGGGUGGGAAUUCCUCCACAUUUGAUGAUCGUGUACAUUCACGCGCGAAUUGCGUAUUAUAUAAGUGCUGUGCGAUCCCGCUAUUCGCCCGCGUAUUGAAACCUACCAGGACUAGAUCUUCCGAUUCUCGCUUAAAGAUGGAUUGGCGGGUUUCGAAGAAGACUGGCUUUCUAGGGUAA